GGAGCUCAGGGCUAUAAGAGAUGCUGUUUCCAGGAAGGCAUAAGAAGGAAAGGGGAGACUCUGCCACAGUCCUGAUGGAACAUCUCCAAAUCUUGGUCGCAGAGAGUGAGAAUGGAAGAAGAAACACGGAAAGAGAAAGAGGUAGAAAUGAAAAGGGAAGAGGAUGCUGCCCUCAUUGCUUUCUACAGCUCCUUCAAGGACCUCUUUGAGUUCUUUUGCUUGAACACCACCAUCCAUGGCACCAUCCGGCUGGUGUGCUCGAGUCGGAACAAGAUGAAGACAGCCUUCUGGACCCUUCUAUUCCUCGCCAGCUUUGCCAUGCUGUAUUGGCAAUUUGGGCUCCUCUUCAACCAAUACUGGCAAUACCCAGUGGUCUUGUCAAUUUCUGUCAAAUCUCAACAAACGAUGUUUCCUGCCAUCACCCUCUGCAAUCUGAAUCCAUACAGGGUCAAUCUAGUCAGCAAAAACAUGGCCGAGCUGGAUAAUCUGGCCAGGGAAACCCUACACAACCUAUACCCCUUCAGCAUUCCGGCGAGCACUCUGGAAGACAACUCCAGCGUCAGUCUGGAGAACUGGACAAACAGUGAGGUCAACAGCUCCAGCUUCAAGCUAGAUGACAGCAUUGCUCUAGUGAGAAUGGGCGGCGGCAAAGUGGGCUUCCGGCUGUGUAACCAAACGGGUGGAGACUGCUACACCAAGAUUUACUCCUCCGGGGUUGACGCUUUCCAGGAAUGGUACAGUUUCCACUACAUGAACAUCAUGUCCCAGAUCCCACCCAUCAUUGACAUCUCCAAGGACGACGACCACAUCAACAACCUGGUCUACGCUUGCCAGUACGACGGAUUGCCUUGCAAAGCUAGUGAAACUGAGCACUUUCAUCACCCCGUCUAUGGAAGCUGUUACACUUUUAAUAAAGGCGGGACAGAUGAGUUCUGGAAAGCUUUGAAGCCUGGAAUUGUUUACGGUCUCUCCCUUAUCCUCAAAGUGGAGCAAAAGGACCACAUCCCACUGCUGUCCACCAAGGCGGGCGUGAGGGUGAUGAUCCACAGCCACAACCAGACCGCGUUCUUAGAGCACGAGGGGUUUGAUAUUCGGCCAGGGAUUCAAACCACCAUCGGGAUCACACAGGACGAGGUGACUCGCUUAGGCGGAAAUUAUGGCACAUGUACAAAGGACGGUGAUGAUGUGGCUGUCAAGCUCAUAUACAACAGCACAUACACGCAGCAGGCUUGCUUGCAUUCAUGUUUCCAGAGGAAAAUGAUUGAAGACUGUGGUUGUGGGUACUAUUACUACCCACUGCCUCCAGGAACGGAGUACUGCAACUAUAACAAGCAUCCUAAUUGGGGUCAUUGCUUCUAUCUCCUGUACAAUCGCAUGUACAAUCAGGAUGCCACUCAUACCGAAUCCUGUUUUGACAAAUGCCACAGACCAUGCAAAGAGACUUGGUACAAACUUGCAGCAGGAUAUGCAAAGUGGCCCUCAACCAAAUCUGAGAAAUGGAUUCACAAAGCUUUGGAAGCCCAGAACAGAUACAAUGUCACCGGCGACAGUUUCAGAAAAGAUAUUGCCAAGGUGAACAUUUACUACGAGCGACUAAACUACAAUUCUUGGGAUGAAUCUCCUGAAUAUACAGAAUCCCAGAUGAUGUCCAACAUGGGAAGCAACUGGAGUCUCUGGUUUGGGUCAUCGGUGCUGUCAGUGGUGGAGCUGCUGGAGUUCCUCGUGGAUGCCGCCAUCUUGUCUCUCAUCUUCCUCUACCGUCAGUUCACGGCCAAGAGGACGCAUAAGGUGUCUCGACCCCCAAACAUCCCAAGCAUAAGCUUGACUUUGGAGAAGUACCGCUAUGUGGAGGAAGGCCUGGCCAGCACCCAGGAUGUGACAAAACCUUACGCCAGCGAUGGCACUGGCACCCCAUGCCAAGACACAAAAUAUAGCACAUACCAGAUGCCUGAGCUCUACCCAAGUGUGGUGCUGAAUGGAUUCAAGCGCCGGAAAGAGCAUAGCAUAGAUAUGCGCCUCAACAGCUAAUGGCGUCCAAAGAGAAUGGAUCUUGGAGAACUAUAAACCUACCUUCAUACCUUUGAAGAAGAGCUGCUUUUGUGGGGAAUUGUGGCCAGUACAGUUGUGACUGCUGACCCAGAAAUGCUGGCUCAGAAGUGCUGGACUGAUGGGGCUCAGCCUCCAACAGGAGACUGAGUCUGUGACUUUUCUCUUCUGAACCUCCUCGGACAGUUCUGUGGCAAACAAGAUGGAGCCCGGGGAAGCAAGGUUUUCCACCCCGCGACUUGGGAUCAGAUUUGCAACGCGUUCCGUUAAUGAGGGAGGUGUCUGAACGAAGCCUCGCCCAGGCAAACACUGACGAUUACUUUCUGACUGGUUCCUUGAUUGACUUGAAGACCCCUUUCCCCCCCUCAUGUUAUUUGUUCCACGGUAUUCUUUUCAGAGAUGACUGACCUGUGGCCUCCUUAUGAGAGGUCUAUUUUUUUUAUUUUCGUUUUUUCAUCUGAGGGAAGAGGAAAGCCAGAGAGUGACUGGCGGUUAUCCAGUUCCCUAUAAAAAGCCACAACCGUAGCUUCCCGCUGAAGCUCUCCUGAGGGAACCAGAUUCAACUGGGCAUCCCUGGGCAAAGAGGCUGGACCGUCAACAUUUCACAGGUGUCUCCGAGUUAAAUGUUAAACAGCCCACACAUUAAAAAAUGUGUCUAGCGAACAUUUAUGAGGCUAUGUACUUUUCUGUCUGUGUUAACAGUGACUCUGGGAUCCCAGAGGGAUGCAAUGAAUACUUGACCGUGCCGAUUGUAAUGCCCACGGUACCUCUUCUGUUUGACAGGUAGUUCUUUCCUGUUUGAGCUCUGAAAUCCGUGGCAAGGAACGUGUUUUUAAUUAUGAUUGCGUGCUGCCUCUGUUAAAAUGUGAAGUUCAGGGUUUAUAAGCUGAGUUCUCGAACGAGAAGAAGAAAAACAGUAGCUUGCAUGGAGUGGGAUAGGUGCCCAAGAACCCCCAGUGUCUAGCCUAGCAACUGCCUGUACUCAGGUUACAGCGCCCCCUUCAGGUGGCAAAGGAACAACACUAUGCAAAGUCAGCUCUUUUGAGUGGCUGGCAGUGCGACAGCUUCCGAUUGGCUGUUCUUCACUCAGGAAAUUAGUUACAGGGCACUUUUAAAUAUUACAUUUUAUUGGUGAAUUUGGAAGCCAAUAUCAACUUUUCAAAUGGAUUUCUUUACCUGUUUCCCCUCUUCAGACCUCAAAAUCCAACCAUGUCCAUAAUGGCUGCUGUUCUUUUUAAAGUAAACGGAUAUAUACUUGCAAGCACAUUGAACUUUUGCUUUACACAAAAUGUGCCAGAUUUCUCCUUUGCAUAAUGGUUUCUUGAUUUAAAAAAAGAGAAAUGUUCCAACUGUAUUCAGAAGAUUGCUUUGUCAUAAUGGACAUCCAGAAAUACUGAACUAUAAAAUAUUUAGUUUUAUACAGCAAAUAGAUGUCUGGGUGUACCAGAAAGCUUUAUUGAUGAUCACCAGAGCUCAGGGCUGUACCACACUUUAUGUAUCCAGGGGUCAUUUAGUCAUCCCUGUUCAUCACUUGAAGUUUCCCAUGCCAAGUGGCAAUUUACCUGCCUGAGACUUUCUUAGGGAGAAACUUGACUGCACGCCCACAGAGCAAUCUAAGCUAGGGGUCACCGCUAUGCCUGUGUUAGUCCUCAAAUGAUAAACAUGUCUCUCUGAAUAAGUCCAAGUAGCAUUGUUUCAGCAAGGGGGAGUUGGAAUCUAUCCCCACACUGUUGGGAUCACCGUGGGUCCGACUAAGCCCCAUGCAGAGAAGACCCAUUGAAUUUAAUGAAUCUAAAUUAGUCGUGUCCAUUAACCUCAGUAGCAUGGCUAGUGUUGGAUAUAAUCCUGUAAAUAUCUAUAUAUCUAUUAUUUUCUAUGAAUGAAAUAUGUACUGUAUAUCCAUCUGCCUUGCUGUUGAAUUCUAUGAUGGUUGGAUGCAGAUGCAUUUUGAAGGAGAAUAUUUGACUGUAAUUUAUUUCGAGUGUGUGCAUGUAUGAGAGGGAGAGGGGGCAGAAUUAUGGAAAGUGACCUCUUUUUGUGGCUGUAACUUAAUAAUUUAUUGUGCUCCUUUUUGUCCUCACCCCCUACCCCUUUGCCUUCUUGAAGGUUAAAAAGAGCAAAACUAUGCAAUCUGCACUGGUUGUUUUGUAAUCUUUCUGUAAUAAAAUGCUGCAGGUGUCUUUUCA